CAGGAAGAAGGUCAGGCGCACGCGUGAUGAAGGGAAUGAUGGUUGAUAGGUAGCCAACGCAUCAAGCUUGAUGAUAGCUAUCGACUAGCGAUCGAUUUCCAACAGUUCACUAGAACUAAUAGAUCGUACGUCACUCAUUUGUUGCUACUAGCACUGUAGCUAGCUUCCGUAGAACGACGCCCUGGAACAUACAAAAAUGCCGAACAUUAAGAUAUUCAGCGGUAGCUCGCAUCGGGAACUGUCUCACAAAAUUGCCGACCGUCUUGGAAUGGAACUCGGGAAGGUUGUCACCAAGAAAUUCAGCAAUCAAGAAACAUGGUCAGUGUAAACUUUUAAUGUAUAGAAUGCUGACCUGUUUAAAUCUUAUGUUCGAGAAAUGUGUAAGAAACGUUAUGUUAGCAUGCUGCUUUUGAUGCUGCCUCGCAAAGGUGCUUGGAACUUGUAGUUUAUGUCACGCAUAACUGGAGUUCAUUUUGGCGCUCAGUUUGUUGGGCAUAGGGCGAACUACAUUUCAACUAAUUUCUGAAUAUUGGGAGUGCUGACAACCCCUACAGGCUAGCAAAAGUGAAACUAUUGUUUCUUGUAACUAAUUGUGUAACACUGAUGCAUCAAGCUGUAUACUUCUCAUUCCGUGCUGUUGAGCACUUUGGUCAUACAGUAGUUGUAUUUUCACUGUACUUAGCCUACUCCGAAAUCUUCUCUUGUCACUGCACUUCUAAGGCCCCUAGCCCUAAACACCUGUAGGCUGUGUUUUCGCUGUCUCAUGAUGAUUAUCCAUCACAACUAGUGUCAUGCUGUGUUAGCAGAGAGUGUUGUUUACCCUGUCUUCCACUUUCUCCCUCCCGAACACCCCCUCCCUCCCUCCCUCCCGAUCCCCCCCCUCCCUCCCUCCCUCCCUCCCUCCCUCCCUCCCUCCCUCCCUCCCUCUCCUUCCCUCCCUCCCUCCCUCUCCUUCCCUCCCUCCCUCCCUCCCUCUCCCCCCUCCCUCCCGAUCCCCCCCCCCCCCCACUCCUCCCCUCUCUUUUCCCCUCCCCAUUUGCUCGUCCCCUCUCCUCCUCACCCCUGGGCCCUAACAGUGUUGAGAUCGGGGAGAGUGUGCGUGGAGAGGAUGUCUACAUCGUACAGAGCGGCUGUGGGGAGAUCAAUGAUAAUCUGAUGGAGCUGCUGAUUAUGAUCAAUGCGUGUAAGAUCGCCUCGGCCUCCCGGGUCACAGCGGUCAUCCCCUGCUUCCCCUACGCACGGCAGGACAAGAAGGACAAGGUGGGGGUGAGGGACAGACAUCUAGUUACUCUACUGUCACGCCGCCGACCAUUAAUACCACAUCACCAGAGUUGGGUUCAAUUCCAGUCAAUUCAGAAAGUACCAAAUUCCAAUUCCACAUUUUUAUUUAUUUAUUAAAAAGCAUUGGAAUUUCACUGUACUUCCUGAAUUGAAAUGGAAUUGACCCCAACCCUGCCAUUAUACCACAUCAAUGUCCAGUGUGACCCGACGACCCAUGUUGCUGCCACUGACUGCAUGGACAGACCCCAGCAGGCAGCCACAGCAGAUGGAUGGGACUGGGAGCAUGCCUGGGUUUUGUUUUGAUUUGAUUUCUCUCCACUGAUUUAAGUUAAACUGUGAACAGAGUGAGCAGUCACUGUGGCUUCUGUUUGUAUUGUUACCGCCACCUGCCUGCCUCCAUUCCUCUGAUGGUUUAUAUCAGUGCAUGUCCUUGUGCCCACAAUAUAAUGUAUUGCAUGUACUAUGUAUCUGCCAAAAAUAUACUGUUAUUAACUUUUUGUACAGUAUCACUUUUCUUGGGCUUGAAGAAGCUGAGUAGUUUGAAGUUGUUGUACAUGUGACUGUAGUUUAGAAUAGCCUAUCUGUUGCCCCAUGUUGCUUAGGAAGGAAAUGUAGUACGGACCAACUUUUAAGAUGGAAGACUCAGCUCAUAUCAUGUGAUGUGAGUACAACAAAUGAGGUGUGUGUGUGUGUGUGUGUGUUUCCUUGCAGAGUCGGGCGCCCAUCUCAGCCAAGCUGGUGGCUAACAUGUUGUCUGUGUCUGGGGCUGAUCACAUCAUCACUAUGGACCUCCACGCCUCACAGAUCCAGGUCAGGAGCAGAGAGGGCACUGGGGUCUGGCAGUAGAGGUCAGGAGUAGGGAGGACACUGGGGUCUGGCAGUAGAGGUCAGGAGUAGGGAGGACACUGGGGUCUGGCAGUAGAGGUCAGGAGUAGGGAGGACACUGGGGUCUGGCAGUAGAGGUCAGGAGUAGGGAGGACACUGGGGUCUGGCAGUAGAGGUCAGGAGUAGGGAGGACACUGGGGUCUGGCAGUAGAGGUCAGGAGUAGGGAGGACACUGGGGUCUGGCAGUAGAGGUCAGGAGCAGGGAGGACACUGGGGUCUGGCAGUAGAGGUCAGGAGUAGUGAGGACACUGGGGUCUGGCAGUAGAGGUCAGGAGUAGGGAGGACACUGGGGUCUGGCAGUAGAGGUCAGGAGUAGGGAGGACACUGGGGUCUGGCAGUAGAGGUCAGGAGUAGGGAGGACACUGGGGUCUGGCAGUAGAGGACCAAACAGCCAGACUGUAGCGAUACACUGAGUCCAUCAAAUGUAAAUUAUUCUUUUGCUCCCUCCAAUCCAACAGAUGACACAAUCAGCAAACACACACCACACAUGGAGUUCUAUAGGGGUUAAGUUACUUGCUCAAGGGCACAAUGACUGGAGAUGGCAGCCUCUGACUCCUGUCUGUGUGUCUCUGGUAUCUCCAGGGUUUCUUUGACAUCCCAGUGGAUAACCUGUAUGCUGAGCCUGCUGUACUGAAGUGGAUCAAGGAGAACAUCGCAGAGUGGAAGACCUGCACUAUCGUCUCUCCAGACGCAGGGGGUGCCAAGAGGUGAGACAGGACAGAGUAGUCAAAAAGCUUUUGGUCGGAGGGCUUUUGGCCAAAAUAAGAAAUUUGAUUCAUCAGAGAAAGAUGGAGAUAGGAGAAUGCUUGGAAAAUAUGGGAACCACUGUGUGCAUGCUAGACAACUGCUUCAAAGCGCCACUACUGCUUCAAGGACAUCAACUCUCUCUCUCUUACCUUAGGUGGUUUUACCCUUGAGCCAUGUCUUUCUUUAACUCUGCCUUAUCUGUGAAAUGGACUUUAGAUUCACACGUUUGUGUGUCUAACUGCUCCUUCACACUAACAAAUCUUUAAGCGAUAACAGUCGACCAACUGUUGUGCCUCUGUGACUUGGCUUGCUCUUAACACUGUGUAUUAUGUUCUGUGUGACAGAGUGACCUCCAUAGCGGACAGGCUCAACGUGGACUUUGCUCUGAUCCACAAAGAGAGAAAGAGGGCCAACGAGGUGGAUCGCAUGGUGCUGGUCGGGGACGUCACGGACCGGGUAGCCAUCUUGGUGGAUGACAUGGCAGACACCUGUGGUACUAUCUGUCACGCAGCCGACAAGUAAGUAAAGUCUCACCUUAUGACCUUGACUAACCUUGACACAUGUAUCUAUGCCCAGGCAAUGGGUGUCUGGGCUGAAUCUUAACCAUACAAAAACAAACAUUAAUUAUGAUCCUAUACAUUAAAAUGGAUCUCUGAUUUGACGUCAAGACCUUCGUAUUACAGAGCUGUGGAAAUAACCACCACUAUUUCACAUUUCACUUCUCCUUCAUCUAAAUGAGAGUCCUUGCAGCAAAAGUCAGCGUAUCCAAACAGGUAAAUGUGGCGGCGCUAUAAUCCCAAACCCAGUUUUUUAAGGAGAUCCUGUCCCUUCACCCUUCAGGCUGAUCUCAGCUGGUGCUACCAAGGUGUAUGCCAUCCUGACCCACGGUAUCUUCUCUGGCCCGGCCAUCUCCCGCAUCAACAACGCCUGCUUCGAGGCUGUGGUCGUCACCAACACUAUCCCUCAGGAGGAGAAGAUGAAGACCUGUCCUAAAAUACAGGUCAGGGGUCACAGCACUGUCCUAAGAUACAGGUCAGGGGUCACAGCACUGUCCUUAGAUACAGGUUAGGGGUCAAAUGUUAUAUUACUGUCCUAAGAUACAGGUCAGGGGUCAGAGGUUAUAACAUGGUUAUUCACCUCAACAUAAGUAGACUGUCAUACUGUCCAAUGUUAAGGUGGUUUAAGCUGAAAUUAUAUUGUUGCUACUGUGAUGUUUAACAACUAAGACAACAGCGAAUAGUUUGAAUAAUCGUAUCACCUAAACAGUUUGUGCUAAAAUAAUUUUAAAAGUUCACUCUAUAAAUGGUCCUCUGUAGCUCAGCUGGUAGAGCACGGCGCUUGUAACGCCAAGGUAGUGGGUUCGAUCCCUGGGACCACCCAUACACAAAAAAAAAAUGUAUGCACGCAUGACUGUAAGUCGCUUUGGAUAAAAGCGUCUGUUAAAUGGCAUAUUAUUAUUAUUAUUUUAUUAUUAAAUGAGAUAAAGCACACUUUGUUUAUAAACGGUAAAUAGUCUGACAUGUAUCCGGAUGUUUCCUGAACAUUUAUUAUGUGUUAACCAUCUGUUUCUCCUGUAGGUGAUUGACAUCUCUAUGAUCCUUGCGGAGGCCAUCCGCAGGACCCACAACGGGGAAUCUGUCUCCUACCUCUUUAGCCACGUCCCCUUGUAA